GGUGAGAGGAAACGAAAGUGGAUUUUGACAUUGUUGAACAGCGCUGAGACGCCAUUACAGGGUGUGAGAUAUCUGCUCGGAGACACACGUUUGGAGUAUAUUUGGGGAGAAGUGGAGAGACUGUAACUUGGUAGGUCCUGCUCUAGAAAUAACUUUAAUACAAAAUGGCGGAGAAAAUCGCUCUUGUUGAAAGUUUCCUGAGCUGCCAUGUGUGUUCAGAGACUUUCAGAGAUCCCGUGUCUCUGGGCUGUAACCACAGCUUCUGUUCGAGCUGCCUGCAGACAUUCUGGGAACAAAGUAAGAACAAAAACUGUCCCAUUUGUAAAAGAAAGUCCUCCAAAGAUCCUCUUGUGGUGAACUUUGCACUGAAGGAACUGUCUGACUCCUUUGCUGAGAGACAGAAAGCUGGAUCAUCUGAGACAGAAAAAGGAGAGAAGAAGGUGGAGGUGGUGUGUAGUAAACAUCCAGAAGAGCCUAGAUUGUUCUGUAUGGAUGAAGAGAGAGCUGUGUGUCUUGUCUGUGAGUUUUCUCUCCACCAGAGUCACAAGGUGGUUCCUGUAGAACAAGCAGUCAGUGAGCUGAAGGACCUGCUGAAAUCUGACUUAGAGUCUCUGCAGGACAAGAGGGACACAUACAAAGGAGUGGAGACAACAUACAAUGAAGUGAUUCAAGGUUCCGAGAAGCAGCUGCUGUCCACAGAGAGGAAGAUCAGAGCAGAGUUCAUCAAGCUCCAUCAGUUCCUGAAAGAGGAAGAGGAGUCCAGACUGGCAGCUCUGAGGGAGGAAGAGGAGCAGAAAGGAAAGUCUAUCAGCAGAGAGAUGAAGAGCAUUCAGGAGCACAUCUCCUCUCUGUCACACAGUAUCUCUGCUGUUGAAGAAGAGCUGCAGAAACACAACGUGCCCUUCCUCAGCAGUUACAAAGCCACUCAGAGCAGAGCCAGAGUCCAGAGCUCACUGCCAGACCCACAGCUGCUCUCAGGAGCGCUGACAGAUGUGGCCAAACACCUGGGCAACCUGUCCUUCAGAGUCUGGGAGAAGAUGAAGGACCAGGUCCACUUCAGUCCUGUCCUUCUGGACCCAAACACUGCAGACAGCCGGCUCUAUCUGUCUGAUGAUCUGACCAGUGUGAGACGUGAAGACGCAGAACAGCAGCUUCCUGAUAAUCCAGAGAGAUUCACUAACGGUCCUGAUGUUCUGGGCUCUGAGGGCUUCAGCUCAGGGAAACACAGCUGGGAGGUGGAGGUGGGAGAUCAUCCUCGAUGGGUUAUAGGUUUGACUAAAGAGUCAGUUGACAGGAAGCGAGAGAUACCAGCUGUCUCACCAGAAUGUGGAAUCUGGUGUUUAUGGCAUCGCAGUGGAAGAUACACUAAUGGUGAUGGUGAGACUGUCAGAGUGAAGAAGAAUCUCCAGAGGAUCAGAGUCCAGCUGGACUAUGACAUGGGGGAGGUGUCCUUCUACGACCCUGAACACAUGACUCCCAUCUGCACUCUCAGAGACACUUUCACUGAGAAACUCUUCCCAUGGUUCAGUAUUGGACCAGCUGGUGAUAUCAAAAUCUGUCAGAGUGAGAUUCCUCUGUGAUGCUCAGGAGUGUUGGUUCAGACUUUAUUCUGACUUCACUGUCCGUCUACAUCUCUUUGGAACAAUCAAGAAAAGAAUCAACAGAUGAUAAUGAGAUAUUAAUCUUUGCAUGACAUUUUUACACAUUAUAAUCAAAGAGUCAGACAAAAACAAA